AUGUCGAAGAAGGUGCUCGCGCGCAAGCAUCGAGAGACGUACGAAUCGGACGACGGGUUCGUGGAAGACGCGCCGAAGAGCAAGAAGCUCAAGACGGAGUCCAAGCCUCGCAAUGCCCACAUGCAGAAGGACGAAGAGGGGAAUGAGUUCUGGGAGCUGACUGACAAACGCCGAGUCGGAGUAUCUACGUUCAACGGCAAGCUGAUGGUGGGCAUUCGCGAGUUUUACGAGAAGGAUGGCAAGAUGUUGCCGGGGAAGAAGGGAAUCUCCAUGACCAUCGAGCAAUACUCCGCCCUCCUGGAGCUCUUACCGGCUGUAGAGGGCGUGCUGAAGGCGCGAGGGGCGGAGGUGCCGCGACCUUCGUAUGGGGACAAAGGCGUGGAAGAGGAGGCUGAUGAUGAUGUAGUGGAAGAGGCUGUUGAAGAGGAGGAGGAAGAAGAAGAAGAAGAAGAAGAGGAGCAGCCGGUGCCGAAGAAGAAGAGCAAGCUGGACAAGUUCAAGUUCAAGAAGAACCAUGAAGCCACGAGUGACGAGGAGGAGGAUGGAUGA